AUGGCGAAACACGAAGACCUACCAGUUCCAAUCCAGUCAAAGCUCGAAUCAGUGUACGGUCUUGGUUCACAACUGGAAGAAACACAGCUUCGCUUCUCUAAUCUCAAGUCCAAAUUCGUCGAGUUCUUUGGUCAUCCUCCCCAUAUCUACGCUCGCUCUCCCGGAAGAGUGAAUUUGAUUGGGGAGCACGUUGACCAUCAGGGUUAUUCAGUGUUGCCCAUGGCGAUCAGGCAAGACACAAUAGUGGCUGUUCGAAAACGGAAUGCAGGGGAAUCUGAAAAGCUUCUAAGGAUUGCGAAUGUUAAUAGCAAGUUCACCAUGUGUACUUAUCCUGUUGAUCCCAACCAGGAGAUUGACGUGAAGAAUCAUCGAUGGGGCCAUUAUUUUAUUUGUGGAUAUAAAGGUUUCUAUGAAUAUGCUAGAUCAAGAGGGCUGGAUGUCGGUUUGCCAGUUGGACUUGAUGUUAUUGUUGAUGGAACAGUUCCUGUUGGGUCCGGGCUAUCAAGCUCUGCAGCACUUGUCUGUUCUUCUGCAAUUGCCGUGAUGGCUGUUCUUAAUGUCAAUCUUCAGAAGAAAGAACUUGCUCAACUUGCAUGUGAGUGUGAAAGACACAUUGGGACUCAAUCUGGUGGCAUGGACCAGGCAAUAUCCAUCAUGGCCAAAAUUGGAUUUGCUGAACUCAUUGAUUUCUGCCCUAUUCAUGCAACUGAUGUGAAACUUCCUGCUGGUGGGUCUUUUGUCAUAGCCAAUUCCUUAACCGAGUCAAAGAAAGCCAUCACUGCUGCAACAAAUUACAAUAAUCGGGUUGUCGAAUUACGUCUAGCUUCUAUUGUACUUGGCAUAAAGCUUGGAAUGAAGCCUCAAGAGGCAAUAUCAAAACUGAAAACACUUUCUGAUGUAGAAGGUUUAUGCACAUCAUUUGCAGGCACUCAUGGGUCUUCUGACCCACUCCUUGCUGUUAAGAAAUUUUUGAAGGAAGAUCCAUAUACAGUUGAAGAUAUUGAGAAAAUCACAAGUGAAAGCUUACGGUCAAUAUUCGCUAAUUCAACUUCAUCGCUGGAUGUGCUUGCAGCUGCUAAGCAUUACAAGUUAUUCCAGAGAGCCUAUCACGUUUACUCCGAAGCCAAGCGUGUAUAUGUUUUCAAGGACGUGGUAUCAUCAAAUUCCACCGAGGAGGAGAAGCUGAAGAAGCUUGGUGACGUUAUGAAUGAUAGCCACCAUAGCUGCAAAGUACUGUACCAGUGCAGUUGUCCAGAGUUGGAAGAAUUGGUUAAGGUUUGCCGAGACAAUGGUGCACUUGGAGCUAGGCUUACAGGCGCCGGAUGGGGUGGCUGUGCGGUUGCGUUGGUCAAUGAAAGCCUCGUCCCACAGUUCAUUCUAAAUUUGAAGGAGCAGUUUUAUCAAUCUAGGAUCGACAAAGGCAUGAUAAACAAGAGUGAUCUUGGCCUCUAUGUGUUUGCAUCGAAGUCGUCGAGUGGAGCUGCCAUUUUCAAGUUUUAG